AUGGCCUGUGCGGGAGAACAUGCUUCAGCUAGUCUCUCAAAGUCUCACAAAAUUGUUGCUUUCAAAGAUAAAAAUUCAACUCCAGUCUACCCUGAGUCUAUAUCUAAUGCUAAAAGCCGAUGUAAAAUGUACUGCAAGCACCGUAACUUUCCUGUUUGCAAAAAGCGUAUUGCCUCUGACCAACAUUUAGGUCAUAGGUUAUCAGAAAUCUUGGACGUUCUGGAAAAAAUAAAAGACAAGGUGACCAAAGAUCAAACUGAAUUGAAUGAGGUCAUUUAUCCAACCUACCAGGACAUUGCCUCUGAUGUACAAAACAGAAUGAGUUACUUAGAAAGGGAAUAUGGAGAUUCUCUCAACAGCCUGAUAAAAAACAUGGAGAGGACUGGUCAUAAAAUAUCAGAAAUAUUGGAAGUUUUGGAGGAAAGAAAAGACAAACUAAGAAAAAAUCAUAUUGAAUUAAAUGAGGUUAUUUUUCCAACCUACCAAGACAUUGUAUCUGAUGUAAAAAACAGAAUAAGUCAGGUAGAAAAGAAAUAUGGAGAUCUCUUCACAGCCAUAACAAAACAUGGAGAGGACUGGCAUAGAGAAAUUGAUAAACUUGUCAAGAAACUAAAAGCUGAAUAUGAUGAGAUUAAACACAUGCAGAUUCAAGCUCUAUAA